GGCACUGGGGCGGGAACCCGGCCAGGGCAGGAGUGGGAACGCGAGGGAGAGGCGGAGCUGGGCCGCAGAAGCCCCUCCCCGCGGCCGCACUGCUGCGGGGCCUGUUAUUCCGCUUGCCACUCGGCCAGGACCCGCGCAGCGCCAGUGGCUUGGGGAGUCGGCCCCCGCCUCCUCCUCUCCCAGGCCUAGAGCCACCCCCAACCAGAGGCCGGAGACCGAGCUGGAGCGGCUGCCGCAUCCCGGCCUAGCCUCCCCCAUCAUCCCUCCCUCUGGCUGGCUCUCUGGACCCUGGGCCCCGCACCGACGGGGUUCCGGAAACCUUCCCCGCCCAGUUCCGCGGCCCGGGCCUGCACCGCCCUCUCUCCAGAGCCCCCAGCCCUUCACCAGACCAGACUUGCAUCUACUACUGGAGUCCUCUUCCCCAUUCCCUCUCUCCCCUCCUCCCCCAGCCUGGACCCCGGUAGGAGGGAGGGGGGGGUGUGCGCCCUGCGCCGUCCCCUCCCCGCCCCCCCCGUGAUUCCCCCUGCAUGGCCGGCCCAGGUGGGGGGCACGGGGGGGCACAGGCGCCAUGCGGGGGGUGCACAAAGGGGGUCGCUGUGCCUGUCCCCGUGUGAUUCGAAAAGUGCUGGCAAAAUGCGGCUGCUGCUUCGCCCGGGGGGGACGUGAAUCCUAUUCCAUUGCUGGUAGUGAGGGGAGUAUAUCAGCUUCUGCUGCCUCGGGUCUGGCUGCCCCCUCUGGCCCCAGCUCUGGCCUCAGCUCUCGCCCUUGUUCCCCGGGCACCCCGGGACCAGUCGGUGGCCUGAGAAGAUGGUUGGAUCAUUCCAAACAUUGUCUCAGUGUGGAAACUGAGGCAGACAGUGGUCCAGCAGGACCAUAUGAGAACUGGAUGCUAGAGCCAGUGCUAGCCACAGGAGAGGAGCUGCCAGAACUGACUUUGUUGACCACAUUGUUGGAAGGUCCUGGAGCUAAGCUACAGCCAGCUGAAGAAGAGACUUUGUCCCAAGCCCCUGAGACUGAGCAGCAGCGAAAGAAGAAGGCUCUGGAAAGGAGUAUGUAUGUCCUGAGUGAACUGGUAGAAACAGAGAAAAUGUAUGUGGACGACUUGGGGCAGAUUGUGGAGGGUUACAUGGCCACCAUGGCCGCUCAGGGGGUCCCCGAGAGUCUUCGAGGCCGUGACAGGAUUGUGUUUGGGAACAUCCAGCAAAUCUAUGAGUGGCACCGAGACUAUUUCCUGCAGGAACUCCAGCGGAGUUUGAAGGAUCCUGAUUGGUUGGCUCAGCUAUUCAUCAAACACGAGCGCCGGCUGCAUAUGUACGUGGUGUAUUGUCAGAACAAGCCCAAGUCAGAGCACGUGGUGUCAGAGUUUGGGGACAAUUACUUUGAGGAGCUCAGACAGCAGCUGGGGCACCGCCUGCAGCUCAAUGACCUCCUCAUCAAACCUGUGCAGAGGAUCAUGAAAUACCAGCUGCUGCUCAAGGAUUUCCUCAAGUAUUACAGUAGAGCUGGGAUGGAUACUGAAGAACUGAAGCAAGCUGUGGAGGUCAUGUGCUUUGUGCCCAAGCGCUGCAACGAUAUGAUGUCACUGGGGAGACUGCGGGGAUUUGAGGGCAAACUGACUGCUCAGGGGAAGCUCUUGGGCCAGGAUACAUUCUUGGUCACAGAGCCUGAGGCUGGGGGACUGCUCUCUUCCCGGGGUCGAGAGAGGCGUGUCUUCCUUUUUGAGCAAAUCAUCAUCUUCAGUGAGGCGCUGGGAGGAGGAGUGCGAGGUGGCACACAGCCUGGAUAUGUGUACAAGAACAGCAUCAAGGUGAGCUGCCUGGGACUGGAAGGGAACCUCCAUGGUGACCCUUGCCGUUUUGCACUGACCAACAGAGGCCCAGAGGGUGGGAUCCACCGCUAUGUCCUUCAGGCUUCAGACCCUGCAGUCAGUCAGGCCUGGAUCAAGCAAGUGACUCAGAUCCUGGAAAGCCAGCGGGACUUUCUCAAUGCAUUGCAGUCACCCAUUGAGUACCAGAGACGGGAGAGCCAGACUAACAGCCUGGGGCGGCCAAGAGGGCCUGGGAUUGGGAGCCCUGGGAGAAUCCGGCCUGGAGACCAGUCCCAGACCAGCACACAUGCAUCCAUCAAUGGCUCUCUUCCCUCCCUGCUACUGUUGCCCAAAGAGGAAGUGGCCAGAGCUCCCCUACCCUUGGACACACAGGCUCUCAGUGACACCCUCCGGGUUCCUUAUGAGUCUCCUUUAGCCCUUCCAACUCCGAACACCCCUCCCUGCCAGGCCAGACUUGCCAAGUUGGAUGAAGAUGAGCUGUAACUGGUGAAGGCCAUGGGGGUGGUACUGACUCAGCCACCUGUUCCCUAAGGAACUUCAGGGCAAUCCUUCUGGCACCACUCCAGAAUUCCUCCCUCUUACAGUGUCUGGAGGAUGGGCAAGACUGGGAGAGAUGUCAACUUGGAGGAGAGUACUUAGACCCAAAAGGACUUCUUUCUGCCCAAGGAACACAGGAUCCUUCAGCUCCACCCAUAUGCAUGCAUCAUCGGUUCUCUCAAAAGGAAGAUAUAUGGGUGGUUGGAAGGGAGGGAUGAGGCAAGGGCCAGAUAGAAAUUAUUGGUUUUGGUUUUGAUCUUUUUUUUUUUUUUCUGUUUUCUGCGAAUAAAGGUUUUGUUAU